GGCUGCGGCGGCGGCGGGGCGGCGGCCAUGACGCGGAGCUGCUCGGCGCUGGGCUGCACGGCCCGUGACAACGGGCGGAGCCGGGAGCGCGGCAUCUCCUUCCACCAGUUCCCGGUGGACGCCGCCCAGCGCCGGGAAUGGAUCCGCGCCGUGAACCGCGUGGACCCGCGGAGCCGCCACGCCUGGCGGCCCGGCCCCGGCGCCAUCCUCUGCUCGCGGCACUUCGCCGAGGCCGACUUCGAGCGCUACGGCCUGCGGCGGAAGCUGCGGCGGGGCGCCGUGCCCUCCCGCUUCCCCCGCCCGGAGCCGCCGGGCGCCGGCCGGAGGAGCGGCCCCCCCGGCCGAGGGGUGAAGCAGCCUCUCCCCAGCCCCCCCGGUACCGGGGGCACCGCCGGCGACCACAACUACAGCCUGAGGGGACGGCGGGCGGGGGCCGGGGCCGGGGGGGCACCGCCGCCAGACACCCGGCAGCAGCAGGUGCCGGCCCCCGGGAGAUGCCCCCCCGAGCAGCGGCCCCGGCCGAUAGCCAGCAUCCUCUGGGAGCUGGCGGAGAAGCAGCAGCUUCCUGAGGAAACCGUGAGUUUGCUGCAGGCCCAGUUCCCAGAUUUGCCUUGUGAGUUGCACAGCUGGAGGCAGAUGGCAGAGUACUCACCAGAAAUGAAGCAAUUUGCUUGUAUUCUCCACCUCUACCAUACUAAGGCCUAUGAUUAUCUACGGAAAAUUGUCCCUCUACCUCAUCCUUACAGCUUGACAAAUUGGCUGUCUAACAACGAAGCCACUGCAGGCUUUAGCGACAACAUUUUUCUCCGCCUUCAGGAGAAGGUGGAGGGAGGGGAACAGGCCUAUUGCUACUGUGCCCUCAUGGUCCAAGACGUGUCCCUGCAGAAGCAGCAGGAGUGGGACCCACAGACCCAGCGCCUGACGGGCUUUGUUGACUUGGGAGCAGGCGUCCUUGAUGCUGAUGAAGCUCCACUGGCCUCAGAAGCGAUACUCCUCAUGGCGGUUGGCAUCUCGAGUCCCUGGACGGCUCCACUCGGCUACUUCCUGGUGAGCAGCACAACUGGCCACUUGCUGGCCCAGCUGCUCCGUCACACCAUUCAUAAGCUGCACAACAUCGGUGUCACGGUGCUGGCCGUGACGUCGGGCACCACCGCUCGCGGUGCUGAGACCGCCAGGGCUCUGGGGAUCAGGAUAGAUCCCCAAAGGAUGCAGUGUGCUUUCCAGCAUCCCCCUGGCUCCGCUCGCAGCAUCGUGUACUUUUUUGACGUUUGCCAGGCCCUCCAGCUGAUAAGGAACGCCCUGCAGUGCUUCCAGAAGGUAGAGUGGCUGGGUGACAGCGUGCAGUGGCAGCACGUGGUGGAGCUGGCGGCUCUGAGGGAGCAGAGGGUGUCGGAGCCGCGCGGUCCCGAGUCCGUCCGACGUGGGAGUGAGGAGAGUUACCACCUGAAGGUCAACCUGGCCACCCCGUUGUUCAGUGAGGGUGUUGCUGACGGGCUGGAACACCUCCAGGAGCUGGGCCUGGCCUCCUUCCAGGACUGCAGCGGUACUGCCAAGUUUGUGCGUUUGAUGAGCUGCCUCUGCGACGUGUUUCACGGCACAGGUCCCUACAGAAGGGGACUGAAGGGGCCUUUGGUAGCUGGAGAUUACACCAAAAUUAGCCACCUCUUUGAUGAGGCCAAGAGCUGCUUUGUCACCCUGACGGACUCUAUGGGGAGACUGGUUAUUAAGAGCAAACGCAAACUGGGAUUUGUGAGUCUCUUGCUCAACGCCGAAAGCCUCAGGUGGCUUUACACCAACCACGCCUGCCCAGAAGGUGCUCCUUCCCACCACCUCCUGCCCCACGCCCUCAGCCUCGACCCGCUGGAGAUGUUCCUCAGGGCCCUCCAACAAGCCUGUGGCAGCAGCAGGAACCCCACCUGCGCUGCCUUCCAGGCUGCCUACCACCAGCUGCUGGCUGGCUGCAGCCUGGCGCCGCGCUCACCCCACGGCUCAGGCACCACCAGCUCCUUGGACCUGUUCCUGUCUCGUAGGAGAGACCUGACCCUCGGCAGCAUCCGUGCUCAGUACAACCCAACUCCUGGGAGGACACCAUCAAUGAAGCCCCUCUGCUGUGCAGGCCUUCUCGUGCAGGACUGGGCGCCGAGCAGCGCGCUGACGGACCUGUCGCUGCGCACGGAGAGCAUCACCCGCACCGCGGGCUUCGUGGCCGAGCAGCUGGCCUCCGGGCUGCAGUGUGGGGCCUGUCUGGCCUCUCUCUUUGAGCCAGAUGAGAGCAGGCCGAGGGGCGGGUCGCUGCUCUACGUUAAAAAGUUGGGUGGAGUGAGUUUGCCCUCAGCCAGCGUGUGUCACAUAACCAACGUUUCAGAACGAGUCCUAAGCCAGCACGGCAAGGUAGGAGAUGGUGACAAAACCACCGAGGUAUGGCGUUUGUCUCUAGAGCAGAAGGUCUUGCAGGAGCUUCUGGGAGGACGUCCCCUUUUCCCCACCCUCACAAACCAUUUAUCUGAUGGGGAGUUGUGUGUAGACAAUCACUACACGGUCCUGGUAAAGCAAAUAACACGAUGCUACUUAGACAUCAGAACAAGCCAUGCCAGACACCUGAACCUGAAAUGCCACUGUGGAAGGCACAGGUUGAAGAAACUCAAGGGAAACCAUUUGUUUCCUUCACCACUGGGUAGCUGUCAGUCAAGCCAAACCCAUGCAGGGUCAUGAGCACUCACUGCUGUUCCAGGGCUGGUUGUCCCUUACCAAGGCUCAGCGAUGGCCAGAUCUAGGUGAGGAAGCGAUAGGGUGUCUUUCCAUGAUUCUGCCAGCAAAACUGGUGGUGAUGAGCAAACCAUCUGAUCAGAGUUUGGCUGAGCAAAGCAAGGAAGUUCAGCUGAUCCUGUGCUCCAUCCAGCAGUCGUGCAGGGCAGCCACGUGUUUCAUGAGCUACGUGUGGCAGGUCAGGAUGGGCAAUGGGUGCUCAAGAUGGCUGGGAAAGUGGUAGGGGACACCACAGAGCACCCCCGGGAGGUGCUGGGUGCCUUAGUGCUGCAAGUUCUCUUGCUAGGAGAAAAUUGAUGCCUCUUCCCUCCGUGUGGUUGCAGGGUGGGGGUCAUGCGUGUUGAGAGUUGGAAUUCACCAAAGCAGGUCUUUAAAAAAAGCUGGAGGCAACAAAGCUUGCAGAGCUUUUACUGGAAAAUAAAGACAUGAAAGAAAACAGCACUCAAGUUGUACACAAGCUCCAAUCUCUGCUGCAACACGUCUCAAACAGCUAAACGAGCUGUUUCACAGAAUCAGGGAAUUGUUGGAGUUGGAAGGGACCUUCUAGAGACCAUCCAGUCCCACUCCCCUGCCAAAGCAGGGC